AUGGCCGCCAACAAAAUGCGAGGCCAGCAGAUCAGCGCAGGUGGCCACUCCAUUCUGGAGCUUCCCAACGAGGUCCUCCACGAAGUUGCAAUUGCCCUUCCCACUGAUAAGGACCUUAUUCAACUGUCUCUCUCAUGCAAAGAACUGAUGGCGAGAAUCCUUGCGCCUGAGUCUGGUGUCUGGCGAGGUCGAUUCCAAGGACGUUACAAUGUCCCGGCGAAGAAGGCAAACAACGAGCUCAUGUUUGAAUAUAUCACUCGAGCCAUUGUCCUGAAGGCCAAGAUUGAUUUCAAAGAAGAAGAAGAUGAUCGCCAACGCCUUUGGAUGAGAGUUCUUCGAACCAUGCUGCAAGAAUCAUUGACCCUUCCCUUUCACUCCCUUCUCCCCAAGACACUCAAAUGCAUUGGCGACGUAAUUCAAAAGACCAACUUCCUCGCAGAGCCACUGAAGCCUGGAAAGCGCUCAGAGUUGUUCUAUGCCCUCCAGCUGUGCUUGUCCGCCUUGUCCCUCGACUCGGCCAUCACCCAGCCCUGCCGACGUACCGACUAUGACAUGGAACACAUUUAUUCUAUCGAAAAAGGCACUCUGGGGGACGGCUUCAUGGAAGACGAAUCCGAGGACUUCAAUGCAUCGGAAACCUCGAGCCAGUCAUCCGGUGCUGAAACCGAUGAGUCCGAAGAAACCCCCGAAGACGAUUUCGGUAGCCCAGACAGCUCAGACAGCUCGCUCGAAUCGACCGACAUCAUCACAAACCAACCCACCAGCGAGCCCCAGCCAUUCAUCGAUCACAAGGCACUUGAUCUUGCCCUGUUGCUGGAAUUCCACAGCUUCUGGCAGCGGCAUCUCCUGAGUUACAGCGAGCACACAUUUUACGAAUCCUUCCAAGCUCUGCCCGACGAGCUCAAGCCCCAGGUUCGCAAAGAGGAUCCUAGCAAGGCCUCCUUGCUGAGCACCUUCUGGAUGGGAUACUACUCAUGCAUCCACCCCUUCCCAUUCUCCCUUGACGACUUGGAGCACCGUCAGACCUGUGGAACGCACGAGGACGAGGUGGAGGCCAUGACCCUCGAACUCACUCCCCAUCCCGAAUUGUUCUGGCCCUCGGCCUGCAACAAGGCCGUCCCUCUGGCCAAAAGUGUGAAGACCGUUCGUGUCGCUUUCGAGGGAAAGCAGGGCAUGCAUGGCCCAUGCCCCGACGAGAACGACGUCUUCGGCUUCACUGAGGAGAUUGAGGUUGCUUAUGGGGGGAUCCAGGGCUGGAAGCGGAUCUGCUUCGCCAUCUGCGAGCGCGUCGACAAUGAGCCCGCUGAUUUGAGCGAAGGCACUGAUGGCUGGGUGCAUGUCUAUGAGGCCGUGAUCAUCCCUGGUGGACGGACCAUGCUUGGGCGUUGGAUGGACCUCAAGGAGCCCUCGGCCAAGGGCCCGUUCAUUUUCUGGGAUGUUUAG